GGCUGAAUGGAAAGCUGAAUUUCGGGGCCGCCCAAAUGCCCUGCUGCACAAUUACGGAAACUAGAAAUGUAAGGCCAGAAUGUGAUCACUGGAACUUAAUUUUCGAUUUUAGAAACGUUUUACAAGACUAUUCUUUUCUACAUGUGUGUUAAAUAAAGGUUUUAGGGAGAAAGAAUUUUCCCUGUUUUCUUUUUCCCCAUGACUUUUUUUUUUUUUUUUACCCCUCUCUCCGCCGCACCGCGGGGCUUGUGGGAUCUUAGUUCCCCCACUAGGGAUGGAACCUGGGCCCCUGCGGUGGAAGCGCAGAGUCCUAACCACUGGACCGCCAGGGAAGUCCCCCCAUGAAUUCUUGUAUUCUAAAAGACUUCGGGACUCAAUAAGGACACAUUUGGGUGACUAUGUGCCAGGUUGAAAAGAAGUAUUAUUUUUUUUUAAAAAUAGGGCACAUCUUUUCGCCCACAUAAGAGUAGGUCCUAGUCAGGAAUCCCAGACAGGAAAUCAUUAGGAAGAGAUGUUGAAUAAGAGCCAGAAGAGAAACAAGUCUGCAUAGAGAAAUGUCAAGAGCAGGAAGAUGAAGGAAGAUUGAGGAACUGUUCCAUAUGAAAGGAGGCUAAAGAGACAUGACAGCUACACACGGCAGCCAAACUGGAAACAUCCCAAAGUUACCUCAACUGGUGAACGGAUAAACAAAUGGAUCCAUCCAUACAAUGAAAUACACUCAGCAAAGGAAAAAGGAAUGCAUUACGGAAACAUACAAUAAUCAUCUGAAUCUCAACUGCAUCAUGCUGACUUCUGCUGGCCAAGAUGCAGUCAUAUGGACCAGAUUUACUUUCUCACCUGAAACAACAAAAAAAUGGAGAAAAUAUAUAUGAAAUGAUGUGUUUUUUCAAGACACUGGACAUCAGUCAAUGGAGGACAGUGAUCCCUGAGACACAGGAAACAAGUGGGGUUAGCCCUGUGACUGUCCAGCUUAUUGUCUUUUUUUCCGCUGCGCCAUGCAUUAUGUGGGAUCCUAGUUCCCCAGCCAGGAAUCGAACCCGCGCCCCCUGCAUUGGAAGCAUGGAGCCUUAACCACUGGACUGCCAGGGAUCCAAUGAUGACCAAAACAGAGACAAGACCCCUAAGAUCUCAUGGAGAUUAUAUUAUAUACCCAUGGAGGGAAACAUGCAACCAACAUGGAGAUGAACACUUUCAUAUAAUGGAUACUCACAGGAUCUACAGGCAGAAGCUGGAGGAGCUGACCGCACUCCAGACUUCGUGCAGCAGCUCCAUCAACAAGCAGAAGACACGACUGAAGGACCUGAAGCGCACACUCCAGAGGUACAGGCGCCACGCCAGUCGGGAGGAGGCAGAACUCGUUCAGCAGUUGGGCGCCAGCGUCAAGGAGCGGCAGAAUGUCUUCUUUGACAUGGAGGCCUACCUGCCCAAGAAGAACGGGCUCUACUUAAAUCUGGUCCUCGGCAAUGUGAAUGUGACCCUUCUCAGCAACCAGGCCAAAUUUGCCUACAAGGAUGAGUAUGAGAAGUUCAAGCUCUACCUGACCAUCAUCCUGCUCCUGGGUGCUGUGGCGUGUCGAUUUGUCCUUCACUACAGGGUGACAGACGAAGUCUUUAACUUCCUGCUGGUAUGGUAUUACUGCACCCUGACGAUUCGGGAGAGUAUUCUCAUCAGCAACGGCUCGAGAAUCAAAGGCUGGUGGGUGUCUCACCACUACGUGUCCACGUUCCUGUCUGGAGUGAUGCUGACCUGGCCUAACGGACUAAUUUAUCAGAAGUUUCGCGAUCAGUUUUUAGCGUUCUCCAUUUUUCAGAGCUGUGUCCAGUUCCUGCAAUAUUAUUACCAGAGGGGCUGCCUCUACCGGCUGCGGGCCCUAGGGGAGAGGAAUCACCUGGACCUCACGGUGGAAGGAUUUCAGUCCUGGAUGUGGCGAGGCCUCACCUUCCUUCUGCCCUUCCUGUUCUGUGGCCACUUCUGGCAGCUCUACAAUGCCAUCACGUUAUUUGAGCUCUCCAGCCAUGAGGAAUGCAGAGAAUGGCAGGUGUUCGUGUUGGCGCUUACGUUCCUUGUCCUCUUCCUCGGCAAUUUCCUGACCACACUCAAAGUCGUGCACACCAAACUCCAGAAGAACAGGAGCGAGGCCAAGAAGCCAUGAGCCACGGGGCCGGCGCCCCUCGACCCCCGGACUUUGAGACUGCAGGGGAUCCCAGGCGACACCCUCGCUGCCUGGUUCCUCCCAACCAGUGGCCACUGGCAGCAGUGACCUCAGGGGCCAGCGGCAUCGCUGGGAGCAGAGCCGAGGCCCCGGUCCGGCCGGACAAGAGGAAUGUGACCCCAGCCUGUCCGCGCAGUGUUAGCCCGCCCCGGCCUCCCUAUUUAUGAUAUUUAAUAUCGGCCCACCCCCUUCCCUAGAACCUGCCGCCCUCUUCCCCCGCUGCUCUCCGCGAGACUGCGUCAGUCUUCCUGGGGGGUGGGGGAGGCUUAGCCUCAGGGUCCCCCUCUGUCCCCCAUCCUGUCGUUUGAGCCCCUCAGGUUGGGCUUCGGACGUGCGUCGCUGGGGUUGGGUUUCCGCUAACCUGCUACUUACUGAGUCCCAGGCGGGUGGAAGGAAGCCCUUCCGUGUCCCCGGGAGCCUCCCUCCCCGGGGCACCGCUUCUGCUGUAAGCUCCCGGCCUCCGCGCCUCCGCCGCGCGGGUGUCCAGGUUCUCGGAGAACCGCUGUCCGUCUCUUUGUGCCUCGUGCCCUUUGUGCUUCCUGAGUCUGCAGCCUGCUGGCCGCCAGGUGGCCCUGCCUCCCACAGGCCCCGGGCUUGGCCUGAGGCGGGAGGGUUUUCUGAGCGUCACCACCAGAGGGCGCCCCUGCACCGUCUGGCUGGUGUGAGGGCUUUUUUUUUUUUUUUUUUUUUUUCCCCGCCCCCUCUCAAAGUUUGGGUCCACUUUUGGGGGCUUCAUGUCUCCCACCCCUCAGCCCACCUUCCCAGAUUCUCUCCGUGAGUACUCAGGGCGUGGGGUCAAGCCCCUCGGCGCUGGUUGGGACGUAGGCCAGCGUGGAGGUCACCCACGCUCGGGCUUCCUCCCUUCACCUCAGAAGUUCUGGAAUGGGGGGAGGUGUCUGAGCAGGCUCACUUCGAGGUGGCGGCCACACUCUAUAGAGGCCAGGGCAGGUCUGCUGGUCACCUCCCGUUAGGUUCUGUAUCUGUGGGGAGGGUGAAGAGGCUAACAGGUUUGGUUGCAUUUUCUGCGUCGUCUCCUCAUAUGGGCCUCAGCCGUCCUUAACGACUUACUUAGAAAUCGCUGUCGACCAGAGUACAUAGAUGGUGUCCAUAAUCAUGCUCUGGGCGUCAAAGGGGUUUAAACUUUUAAAGUAUGAAAUUUCCCCUCCCCUCCCCCCAGUAAGAUUCCACAUAAAAAUCCAGAUUUACACUUUCCCUAGAGAAAUGGAAAGAUCUAGAAACCUUCCCACAGAGCAGCAUCUGGCUGGGCUGAGCUGCCGUGUCUAGGGUGGGGUGCUUGCUUUCUCAUUUGCCAUAGGCCCCACCACUCCCUGUUAUCCCUGCCCUACUUCACGCAUUUGGGUCUCCCCUCUGGCCCUUUAGGCACUUGGGUUUGCCCUAGACUAGGAGUUGGCGAACUUUUCCUGUGAAGAGCCAGAUGGCAAAUAUUUUAGGCUUUGAGGGCCAGAUGGUCUCUCACACUACUCUAGUCUGCAACUGGAGGGCAAAAGUAGCCAAUGCAUAAACGCAUGGGCGUGGCUGUUUUUCAGUAAAACUUUAUUUACAAAAAUAAAGAUUUGGCCCACAGACUGUGGUUUGUGGACCUCUGUCCUAGACCACGAAGCCUUGGACCGAAUGCUCUCUUGAUUCCCCAGGGCGUGGCAGGGCCUUGGGGAACCUAGGUGGGGUGGGGUAGACUUCAGAAGUCUCUUUCUCAGGCCUAGUGGGGGCUGAAGCACUGGGCAAGGGAGGGGCUGAGGCAGGAGAUACCCGGGAUGGCAGGAGCCACCUGAGGCCAUUAUCUCAUCUUAGGUGACGCUGAUUCCUGGGCUUACUCAGGAACCACCAGCUCUCAGUCUCUGGGGCAUCAGAAGCACCUGGGGCACUUGUUUAAAAACUCUUGGGCCCCUGACCCCAGACCUUCUAGGAGGUUCAGUGAAUCUGCACUGGGGGUUAAUCAAGUCUGUUCUCGCAGGAGGCCAUCUUGGUUCCAGAUCUCCACAUCUUGGCAGAACUGGAGGCUGUGAGAGACGGGAGCUCGAUGCCUAUUUAAAUGAGCCGGUGCU